AUUUUAUGUGGAGUGGCUCUGCCAAUUGCCACCAUGUUUUGUUCCUCAGCAUCUUAUCCAUGGGGAAUGGCAGAAGUUGUAACAAGAUUUCAACAUGGUUUGCGCUAGUUCACUAAUCCACCCAGCAAGCACCGUUUUAGUAUCUUUGCCAUCAAUCCAAAGGCAAAAACGUGGGAAUGUGUUAUGCAAUAAUAAGGUAAGAAAACAAAGAGUAGCAUCAAUGUCUGUUGGUAACCAGAAAAAUCAGAAUUCAGAAGUAGCAAGUGUAAGAGAAGGUGAAAGGCUCUAUCUGGGGUUUGACUUUGGCACAUCUGGUGCCAGGUUUACCAUAAUCGACAAAGAUGGAGCAAUUCGAGCUGAGGCAAAGAGAGAGUACCCCUUGUACUUGAAUGGAGAGUCACAGGAUUGGGUACGCUCAUGGAAGGAGACACUGUUUUCUUUGCUUGAAGAUGUCCCACUUGACAUUCGCAAACACGUUGUGGCUAUUUCAAUUGACGGGACUUCUGCCACUACUCUCAUUGUUGAUAGUUACACAGGGGAACCGUUGUGGAGACCUUUUCUUUACAAUGAGAGUUGUUCUGAUGCAUUACCAGUGGUGAAGUCUAUUGCUCCUCCAAACCAUACGGUUUGCACUGGAUCGUCCACUCUGUGUAAACUUGUCUCUUGGUGGAAUCAUGUUGGUUCGGAUAAAAAACCUGCUUUGUUGUUGCACCAAGCAGAUUGGCUUUUGUGGCUUCUUCAUGGAAAGCUUGGAGUUACAGAUUAUAAUAAUGCUCUCAAGGUUGGCUAUGAUCCUGAAGUGGAUUCGUAUCCUUCGUGGUUAGUGUGUCAACCAUAUUAUCAUCUUUUACCUUCAGUUCUUGCUCCCGGAACUCCAAUUGCUUGUUUAAAGGAGGAAGUUGGAAAUAAAUAUGGUUUUCAAAAGGACUGUGUUGUAUGCACCGGAACCACCGACAGUAUAGCUGCAUUUCUUGCAGCUCGUGCUAGCCAACCUGGGAAAGCUGUUACUUCAUUGGGUUCAACACUGGCUAUUAAACUACUCAGCAAUACAAGAAUUGAAGAUUCUCGGUUUGGGGUUUACAGCCAUCGACUUGAUGAUAAAUGGCUAGUUGGUGGUGCUUCAAACACUGGUGGAGCAAUCCUUAGACAGCUUUUCACCGAUAACCAAUUAGAAAAACUGAGUGAACAGAUCAAUCCCUCACAACCUUCUCCUCUGGAUUACUAUCCCCUGCCCAAAGCAGGUGAAAGAUUCCCGGUAGCAGAUCCAAAUUUGGCUCCAAGGCUUCAUCCACGUCCUGAAAAUGAUGUUGAGUACCUGCAUGGGAUUUUAGAAUCCAUUGCGCGUAUAGAGGCAAAGGCAUAUGAGUUGCUAAAGGAGCUAGGAGCAACCCAGGUAGAGGAAAUUUUCACUGCUGGUGGAGGAGCCAAAAAUGAGAAGUGGAUAAAGAUUCGUGAGAGGGUGCUUGGUUUGCCUGUGAGUCGUGCAAAUCAAACAGAAGCUGCAUAUGGAGCUGCAUUAUUGGCAAAAAAGGCUGAUCAACAAAAUAUUCCUUCAUAACAUUAUUGCACUCCACCUGUUUGAUCAUGGUAACCAGGAGUAUUUCUCAUGCAACUUGUUCUUAUGAAAAUGAAAUUGAAAUCCGAAGAAUGUUUCAACAUGGA